CCCAAUUCCUCUUUGCGCUGCCACCUUUCGAAAUACGUGAGAAGACUCCUCCCAGCGCCGGAGUUGGAAGGGCCCGGGUCUUUCUUCGAAAGGAGCGACUCCGGCACAAAGAAGGCUCUGAUGGCCUUCCCGCUAUGGCGGAGCCGAGUGGGGACUGCGUCCGUCCGUCCAGGAGCAGGUUGGAUGAAGCAAAGGAGAAUGUGCACCCGAGGAAUUUGAUUCCAGAACUUUGCCGACAAUUUUAUCACUUAGGAUGGGUUACAGGAACUGGUGGUGGAAUCAGCAUGAAACAUGGCAAUGAAAUAUAUAUUGCUCCAUCUGGUGUCCAAAAAGAAAGAAUACAGCCUGAAGAUAUGUUUGUGUGUGAUAUCAAAGGAAAGGACAUCAGUGGCCCUCCAUCACACAAGAAACUCAAGAAGAGUCAAUGUACACCUCUGUUCAUGAAUGCUUAUAUCAUGAGAGGAGCAGGAGCAGUAAUUCAUACUCAUUCCAAAGCUGCUGUAAUGGCCACACUGUUGUAUCCAGGAAAAGAGUUUAAAAUCACUCAUCAGGAGAUGAUAAAAGGAAUCAAGAAGUGUACUACAGGGGGAUAUUUCAGAUACGAUGACAUGUUAGUGGUCCCUAUUGUUGAGAAUACACCUGAAGAGAAGGACUUGAAGGAGAGAAUGGCACACGCAAUGAACUCAUAUCCAGACACUUGUGCUGUGCUGGUCAGGCGUCAUGGUGUUUAUGUUUGGGGUGAAACUUGGGAAAAAGCCAAGACAAUGUGUGAAUGUUACGACUACCUUUUCGACAUUGCAGUACAAAUGAAACAACAUGGAAUUGAUCCUGCUGUAGUUCCCAGUGAAGAAAAUGGAAUUGUUUAGUAACCCUUUUUCCUAAAGUAAUGACACUUUAGUUCAAUAUUAUUGGGUUUCUAGGACAGUGAUGGUUAAACACUAGCCAUUCUGGAUUGUUGUUAAAAGUCUGAAAGAUGCGCAAGAUACUCUCUAUUCCUCAUGCAGAUAUUGAAUUAUACAAAACUCCUUUACCUCUCAAUCUGCAUAAUAUUUGUAUUUUUGUUUUAGGAUUUUCUUUGUGAUUCAUAUUCUAGCAUUUAACAGUAUGCCAUUAUUAAAACCUGGUGGUCUUGUAAUUUUCUAAUUCUGGAUUUCUUCUUUUCUUUUUUACAUCAGAAGUGCACUGUGUUAUUCAACAGAGAAAAUGUUGAAAACAAUUUCAAAUAGGGGUUGAAAGAGUGCCAUGGAUAAAAGUACGCCAGAAUAAGACAUUAGCUUUUAUUUCUUAAAAAUGACACUUUUUUCACUCUUUUCUUUAAGAAAAUGAAUGUAUUCUCCUACAUGCUGUUUUCCUUGGAUAAUUCAAAAUACAUGUCAGCACAGAAAUCAUUCUGAAAUUAUAGGUCUUUGAAAAGUAAUGAAAGCAGCCUGAAAAAAUAGUGUACAGAAAUGAAUGGCGUAUUUAUUUUACCAAAGUAUUUUAGAUGGCGCCAAUGUAUUUAACAUUUUAAAACUUACAUGUGUUAUCUUAUAAAAUAGGAAUAUAUUGCUGUAAUUUACAUUUCAGUGUUACUUGCUCUGUGGGAAUAAGAUGGAUGCUGGGCACAAAGUCUGAAAGGCAGAAGUUUGUGAAGAUGACUAGUAGUUACACAGUUGAAUCCUGCCACAGAUGAAGUGCUAUCAGAAUUAUUUAUUAAAAGGACCAUCAGGCAAAUAUUAAAGUAUUGUUUAAAUACAAAAUGAUGAGCCUCUUCUCCCUGCCACUAAAGCGCACAGCAGUAUGUGCAAUAGAAAGAACAGAAGUUCUUUUUGGUCCUGGUGACAUUUUAUGCAAACACUGUCUAGUAUUGACUAAAUAUUUGUCAAUUACAUAUAUCAUAUAAUCUCCUGUAGAAAUAAAAACAGAAGUAAUACUGAAAA